AUGUAUUUUCAAAAAAUAUAUGGGAUUCCAGAUUCACGCUACCAGCGUAAAAAGCUUGAUGUUAACCGUCAUCCUUUAUGCACGCUAGACAUCUCUUUACCAUUUCAAUCAAAGGAUAUAGAAUUUAUAAACCUCAAAGCAUCACUUGUUCUUUGGAUGCUUAAUAAACGUUUAACCUUUCUUGAUUAUCGUCGUGGAAUCCCAGGAAUAAUCUACCUUAUUCUCAAUGGGGCCAAAGAAGAUGUGCAAAAGGGCAAACGGCCGGGCUUUUUACAUACGGAGGAAUUUCUUGAGAUGUGCAAAAGUGUAAUUCGACAAGAACUCCGUAACGAAGUUAAAAAAUUCGAGAAACAAUGGAUAUAUGGUUCUGGUUGUCCAAAAUUCAAAAUACGUGCAACCUUCAAUCGAAAAAAAUUGGCUGUCGAGUUUAAAUUCGAACAGGAAAAUACUAAUGCUUCAAGUUCUGAUGGUGCGAGCGGAUUGCAAUCAACACAUACUCCUCGAUUUACGGGUCAUAUGGAUAUUGCAAUUAAAGAACCUGAUGGAUUGGAAUAUAUACAUACGAUAUAUAUCCAAGAAAAGCGUGAAUCUCAUUCUCUUUUUUAUCACACUAAAUAUAAACGAUCGAAACUCAACAUCAGACCACACAUGCGCCGUGAAAAAGGUAAUUUAGAAGCUCAUCCACCAUCUAGUGUAUUCGAUGAAGACCAAAGAGAUUUCCCAUUACAAUGGGGGAUGGAUCCUGAAUCUGAUUCGGAAGACCUCCCAGAUUGGAAAAUACAAGAAUGGGUUCAGGAAUAUCAUGCAACUAGUGAUCAAUGGGAAUGGAUUCGAGUUGAUGAUGCAUUUAGUUGGAUUGCAAUCAUUGAUUUCGAACAAGACGAUUAUAUGAUUCGAAUGGAUGCGGCUCUUGCAAUGGCUAAAUGUGCGACUAGUGAUUUAGACUUUAUUGGUAUCAGUCAAUUAAUGAAAAUAUAUGAAACCGAUUAUUGCGAACGUCGGAUUGAAGGAGGAUUCUUUCCCAAGAUAAAUGAUUUUAGUGAUUGGGAGGAAUAUUAUGUUCAAAGGACAAUACCUUAUGCUUUAUCAUGCGCUCGAGAUUCGGGAAAUACUCCAUCGCAUGUAAAAGAAUAUUUACUCUAUCUUUUGAGCUGGAACGAUAACCAAACAAAUAUGUAUUCCGAUGAUUAUUUCGUCGCUAAUCUCAUUGAAUCAUUGGGAAAUACUUUUAUUCCAGAUGAUGAUCAAGUACAAGAAGGAUCUGCUGAUGUGGAAGUCUUUGAUUUUGCUUCCCAAUCUCGAGACCACUUGGAAGAGACUUUGGAAACAUUAGAGAGAUAUUUUAUUCGUAUUACUGCCUUGGAAGCAUUAAUUGCGUUGGAUUUACACCAAAAACCAGAAGUUGCAAAAUUUUUCGAUUUUCUUGUUGAAAAAGAUUCUGAUUUGGCAGUCAGACGUUUUCUUAAUGCUAAGUUCAGAGAAGAUAGAGGACCAUGGUGUUGGAAUUCCCCUAGAAAAAUUAGAUCGGUACCAACCUUAAUAGUUCGUUAUAAUCGAACUACUCAUCUUGGAGCUUCUCAUAAACUUUCUGGACCAAUUUAUCAGUCUGCUCCUCCUAAUCCUAUAAUUUCUUCUGCUGGCAAAAAAGGGACCAGCAUAUCUGAGAUGAAUUCCUCUCAAUAUUUAGGAAUGCACGAGCAGAAUUCAAAAACAUUAAGGCUUAAAAAGUCUCGUGAAUCCUCUCAAAAAUCAUCUGACACGAUACAGAAAUUUUAUUCGCAUAUUAAUAAUGAUCCUACAUCAAUAGGAAUAGCAGGUGCCAAGAAUGUUGAGUCAGAAUUAGAGUCUGUUACUCCACCUAAUAAGGUUAUUUUAAACGUUCAAUCAAGAAUGAAGACAAAUGAGAGUCAUGAAUUUAACUCAUUAGUCUCUGAAAACGGUCAAUUCACCCAAACUGACAAUCAAAAAAUAUCAUCACCUUUUCAAGAUCAUGCAAUAGCAGAGAGUUCAAAUCAAGUCCAAUUUGAUGAAAAUUCAAUUCCACGGUCCUUAGCACAAAAUCUUCGUAGUCAGAAAAAGUUAAUAAGUAAAGCAUCACAUUUACCUUUAUCGGAAUCAGAGGAUUUAUCUUUGUCUGAAGAGGACAUGCUAAUUAAGAGCAAAAAAAGGGAAGGAUCCGAAUAUGUAGUUGAAUCGCGUA